AAUUGUUCUUCUUUAACAUUUAGCAAAAAUAUGCAAAUGUGACUCUUGAAACUGGUAGCUAAUAUCACAUGACUGGUUUCACUUUGAACAUGGGGUACAUACUGUUCUUCUGCAGGAGGAAGCUGUAUAAGUCACAUGCUGUAAAGGACACGGUCAGAGUGGACAUGGUGUCUCUAUGGUAUGUGUUGUCUCUGCUCACCUUCCUCUCUCUGGAGGCUUCAGGAACCAACCCAGGAGUACAAAUGAGAAUCACUCAAAAGGGGCUUGAGUAUGAACGUGAGAUUAGCAUCGUCCCCCUACAGGAGAAGCUCAAAACCAUCUACAUCCCAGACAUGAGCGGCAAAGCAGAGGUUUUAGUUAUGGACGUCUCGUACACCGUGAGCGACAUGCGGAUCCAGGAAGUCGACUUGCUUUCGUCAUCUGUGGGGUUGGUACCUGGUACUGGGGUGAGUCUGUCCAUCAACAACGCCUACAUUGGCCUGAACGGCAACUGGAAAGUCGAAUAUUUGUUCGUAGACGAUGACGGCUGGUUCAGUUUGUACAUCGGCGGCCUCAGUGUCAGCGCCACCAUUGGCGUGAACAACGAUGGUCAAGGGCGUCCGAGUGUUUACGCCGCUCACUGUACCGCUUCUAUCGGUCGAGUCGAGAUCACGCUUCACGGAGGUUUGAGCUGGCUGUAUCAGCUGUUUGAUAGCUACAUCAAUUCAGCCGUGCUUAAUGCCCUACAGCCACAGAUCUGUAAUCUGGUGAUUGAAGCCAUAAAUAGCUUAAAUCCACAUCUGAGAACUCUCAAUGUUCUUGCACAAGUUGACAAGUACGCAGAAAUCGACUAUUCCAUGGUGGGGUCGCCGUUUGUUUCUUAUUCUGGCAUUGAUCUCGGUUUAAAGGGCGAGUUCUACAACAUCGGGUGGCACCAGGAGCCUCCGUUCUCCCCGACACCCUUCUCCCUGCCUGCUGAGGACAGCAAAAUGAUGUACAUCGCAUUGUCAGCUUUCACCAUGAACUCGGCCGGCUUCGUGUACAACAAGGCCGGAGUGCUGUAUCUCUACAUAACGGACGACAUGAUCCCUUCCGGUUCUCCUUAUCGACUUGACACAAAGACGUUUGGGGUUUUCAUUCCAGAAAUUGCUAAGCAGUAUCCUGGCCUGAAGAUGAAGCUCCUGGUGAGGGCUGCGAAGGAGCCGAACAUCUCAUUCGAACCCAACAACAUGACCAUGCAGGCGAGCGGCACCGUUACAGCCUACGCUAUUCAGCCCAACGCCACGCUGUCUCCUCUGUUCAUCCUCAACAUGAAUGCCAGCGUGAGCGCUCUGAUUUACGUCAGCGGCCUCAAAGUGGCUGGAAAUGUGACUCUGAACAAAAUUAACAUGACAUUAGGCACAAGCUACGUGGGACCAAUCCAGGUGGAAUUACUAAACAAUGUUCUAAGGACCGUCUUAAAUUUUGCUGUGAUACCCAAAGUUAACGCUCUCCUAAAGCAAGGCUAUCCUCUACCUGCAAUCGGACAAAUGAACCUGCGCAACACCCAGCUUCAGAUCCUGAAGGAUUACGUGCUGAUCGGGACAGAUGUCCAGUUCUUAGGACUGGAGUUACCUGAUGUCCUCUAACUGUGGAUUCUUUAUCUAAACUAAUUCCCUCAUAUUAUAAGCACUUCUUUUAUCGAUACUAAUCACGAUCUUAUCGGUUCAUGAUAAAAUGGUGGCUGCUCUAUUUCUAUUCUUGAAUUUUGAGUUCUCAGUGAGUCCAUCCAGCAGUAGAAGGACCUCAUUUAUAUGUAGCUUGAUUGAAUGCGACUCUUACUAAAAUCAUUAAAUAGAAGCACACAAAAUCUGCGUUCAUAUUUACAGCAAUAUUUUAAUAAAAUAAAUUAACAACAAAAGAAACAA